AAGGCAUUUGUUGUUAUGCGCAGAUGGGCCCUUCGCAUCCCAUCUCUCGUCCAUUAGCCUCACAUGCAUUAGCCACACAUGCUUUCCAUGCGCUGGAGAGGGAUGAGAAAGGACGAUCAAUCUGUAAUUUUAAAUGGAGCAGCAACAGGAAGAAGAAAGAAGAGAGAGAGAGAGCUAAGUGGAUGUUUGUUACAGAUGUUUGCACAGCAGGCCUUCUAAAAGGCAGGCUCUAGGACCCUGGGGACACCUAUGCUGGUAAUGAAUUCCUAUGGGAUGCACCUGCUGCAGAGAGUGGAAGGGAGAUUGAAGCCAAAUGCAAGGAGAUGGGCUUUGCAAAAGGAACUCCUUGCAGUUGGAUCCCACAUCUGGACUGAGCAUCAGAUCAAAAAUUUACCUUAAACCCCAAGAAAAAGUUGCAUUGGCACAGAAGACCUUGUAAAACUACAACUCCAUUGCUCCAAAGUUUGUGGAGAGCGAUGGGUUGCGCUUUGUCUGGCGCACAGGAUCCUCCCAUUGCGGAAGAGUGCUCCCCCCUGGAUGAUAGGUUAGAUCUGAAUCAGGAAACUACAGAGCCCUUCGCGCUUUCAGAGACCCAGAAGGACCUGAUCCGAGAGUCCUGGGAAAUCCUGCACAAGGACAUCACACGAGUGGGGAUCAUAGUCUUUAUCAGGCUCUUUGAGACCCACCCAGAAUGCAAGGAUGUCUUCUUCCUCUUCCGUGACAUCGACGACUUGCAGCAGCUGAAGAUGAGCAAGGAGCUGCAGGCUCACGGCCUCCGGGUCAUGUCUUUCAUUGAGAAGAGCGUGGCACGGAUGGACCAGGAACCGAAGCUGCAGCAAUUGGCCUUUGAAUUGGGCAGAAGCCAUUGCCGGUACAAAGCGCCUCCCAAAUAUUACGAGUACAUUGGUACCCAGUUCAUCCAAGCAGCCCAACCCAUCCUGAAAGAAGCCUGGACCCCAGAGACUGAAAAGGCCUGGGAGGGCUUGUUCCGAUACCUGGCAGCAACUAUGCGGAGAGGCUACUAUAAAGAACAGAAGGCUACGAGCAAGAAUUAGUCCAGAGACCAAAUCCGAAGACCGUUCGCAAGCCUCCUCCGACCUGGGCCUGGUAUAUCCGAGGAUCAGCUCACCUCCACCUUUUCUACAAUCCUGUGUAUUCCCUGCUCCUGUUUCCCAAGGGCGACUUUUAUUUUUCCGGCAGGACGCAAGGGGUGGCUUGGCCAGGAUGGGCAAGAGAUGCACACCUGGCCUUCAUUGGUCAUAUCUGGGCUACGGACACAUUUGUCUCACCAGGUUUGGUUGUGAUUUACACCUGGAAGUAGGCUGUGGUUACGGAAAUCUAGGCCUUUUGAGGAGUGUUUUCGGGGUUAAAAGAAAAGGAAAGCAGAAAGAUUUGAGGGAGGACGAUAGGACCAUUAAAAGAAGUCCUUAGCCCAGUGUUUCUCAACCUGGGGGUCGGGACCCCUGAGGGGGUCGUGAAGGGGUGUCA